AAUAUUAGAAGGACAAACGUAAUAGGAGGGGUAGUUAUAUACGUAAAUGAAUAAUCCAUUUUCUUGACUCUCAAGGAAAAAUUUGAUAUCCAAAUUAAGAGAAAAGCAAACAAAUAACUGAAAAUAAUGAAUUAUACUUACUAGUUAAGUAUUGAAAACUACAACCAACUGCCCCCUAUAAAAGCAACACAUUCAUAACAAGACUUUGAACAAAUCAACAAUGGAAUAUCAGUAUAUUGUGGGAGUGGGAGGGAUCUUGGUUAGCACUUUGGUGUUUUUGUUUUCGGUCUACAGUUUUUCAGAGAAGAGGAAGAUCACAGGUUCAAGUUCAUCAAUAUAUGUUAAGUUUAAAGGAGGGUCUGCAGCAGAGGCAUCACAAGAUGGAGGAGCAUACACUCAAGAGGCUGAAGAAAGCAGAGAUGUUAUCAUUGUCGGCGCCGGAGUUGCCGGUGCAGCUCUUGCUUACACGCUUGGAAAGGAUGGAAGGCAAGUGCAUGUGAUUGAAAGAGACUUGAAUGAACCUGACAGAAUUGUUGGUGAAUUGCUUCAGCCUGGGGGAUAUCUCAAGUUACUUGAAUUGGGUCUUCAGGAUUGUGUAGACCAGAUUGAUGCUCAGAAAGUGUUUGGCUAUGCUCUUUACAAGGAUGGAAAGAACACCAGGCUGUCUUAUCCCUUGGAAAAUUUUGACAGUGAUGUUUCUGGUAGAAGCUUUCACAACGGCCGCUUCAUUCAGAGAAUGCGAGAAAAGGCUUCUUCUCUUCCAAAUGUAAAAUUGGAGCAAGGAACUGUCACAUCUCUACUUGAAGAAAAUGGAACCAUCAAAGGUGUGCACUACAAAACCAAGAGUGGACAAGAGUUCAUAGCAAAGGCUCCCCUGACCAUAGUAUGUGAUGGAUGCUUUUCCAAUUUGAGGCGUUCUCUUUGCAAUCCCCAGGUUGAAGUACCUUCUCAUUUUGUAGGCCUUGUCUUAGAGAAUUGUAACCUGCCAUAUGCAAAUCAUGGACAUGUUAUCUUGGGUGAUCCUUCACCAAUUCUGUUUUAUCCAAUCAGCAGCACCGAGAUUCGAUGUUUGGUUGAUGUGCCUGGCCAAAAAUUACCUUCUGUUGGUAAUGGUGAUAUGGCUCAUUAUUUGAAAACUGUGGUAGCUCCUCAGGUUCCUGGAGAGUUGUAUAAUUCUUUUAUAGCAGCAGUUGAUAAGGGUAACAUAAGAACAAUGCCAAAUAGAAGCAUGCCUGCUUGGCCUUACCCCACUCCCGGCGCGCUUCUGAUGGGAGAUGCCUUCAACAUGCGCCACCCUUUAACCGGAGGAGGAAUGACCGUGGCCUUGUCUGACAUUGUUGUGCUAAGGGAUCUGCUUAAGCCUCUGCAUGAUCUCCAUGAUGCUUCUUCUCUUUGCAACUAUCUUGAAUCUUUCUACACCUUGCGCAAGCCAGUGGCAUCUACAAUAAACACUUUAGCUGGUGCAUUAUACAAGGUGUUUUGUGCAUCACCUGAUCCUGCUAGGAAAGAAAUGCGCCAGGCAUGUUUUGAUUAUCUGAGCCUUGGAGGUGUUUUCUCAAAUGGACCAAUAGCUCUACUAUCCGGCCUAAAUCCGCGGCCGCUCAGCCUCGUUGCUCAUUUCUUUGCUGUUGCUAUAUAUGGUGUCGGCCGCCUGCUCAUACCAUUUCCUUCUCCCAAUCGGAUUUGGAUCGGAGCUAGACUGAUUUCAGGUGCAUCAGGCAUCAUUUUCCCCAUUAUCAAGGCCGAAGGAGUGAGACAAAUGUUCUUCCCUGCAACUGUGCCGGCAUAUUACAGAACCCCUCCUAUUCAUUCCCAUCAUUGAAUACACACAUAUCUUGAAAUAGAUAGAAAUCAGUUCCCACAUUCUUUAGGCAUGUGGUAGUCCAAUACUGCUAAAAAGAAUAAUAUUGUACUACAUAAUAUUAAACGUUUUUGGAAUUCCAAAAGGCCAAACCAAAACCAAGUUUACAAGCAUCAGACUUGUAAAAUUGAUAGUAAGUCCACGGCUUUUGGCUGCUAGUAUGGUAUUCAGAAUUAAAUGGACGUCAUUAGUGUCACAAUUGAAGCGCUCAUAAAUCAUAAUGGCCACAAAAUAGGAUGUAGAUAGUAUUCAUUCAUUGCGAAUCAUAUAAGCUAGGAUAUUGGUUAUUCAAUAUUCAUG